AUCCGGGCAGCCGCGGCCCGGCCCCGGGCGCGCCCAAUAUAGACCGGGGCGGGGAGGCCGCCGCUCCGCGCCGCUCUCGCAGCGCCCGCCUCCGGGAGCAGCCGCGCCGGCGGCGGCCGAGCGUAAAAAAUGGCAUUUCAGAAGGCAGUGAAAGGAACUGUUCUCAUUGGAGGAGGUGCCAUAGCAACAGUUUUUGGCCUCUCUCAAUUUUCUCAGUAUAGAAACAAACACGGUACCUUUGUGAAUGUCCAAGCUGCAGAAGCAGUGACUGUUCCAAUAAAGCACGAUUUUCCCACAAGAGAAGAGCAGAUUUUGGCACUACAAACCACACGUGAAUUUGAUGUCCUUGUUAUAGGUGGAGGAGCGACAGGAUGUGGCUGUGCUUUAGAUGCAGUCACCAGGGGACUAAAAACAGCCCUUCUAGAAAGAGAUGAUUUCUCAUCAGGGACCAGCAGCAGGAGUACUAAAUUGAUCCAUGGUGGAGUGAGAUAUCUUCAGAAGGCCAUCAUGAAGUUGGAUUUUGAGCAGUACAGGAUGGUGAAAGAAGCACUUCAGGAGCGUGCAAAUCUGCUUGAAAUUGCUCCUCACCUAUCAGCUCCUUUGCCUAUAAUGCUACCUGUUUACAAAUGGUGGCAAUUGCCGUACUACUGGGUUGGAAUAAAACUGUAUGACCUCGUGGCAGGAAGUCAGUGUCUGAAAAGCAGUUAUGUCCUUAGCAAGUCAAGAGCCUUGGAGCUCUUUCCAAUGCUACGCAAAGAUAAGCUUGUUGGAGCUAUUGUCUACUAUGACGGACAGCACAACGACGCGCGGAUGAACCUCGCCAUCGCCCUCACUGCUGCCAGGUACGGCGCUGCCACCGCCAAUUACGCUGAAGUGCUGCGCUUGCUCAAGACGACGGACCCGGGCAGCGGGAAGGAGCGCGUGUGCGGGGCACGCUGCAGGGACAUCCUCACAGGGCAGGAAUUUGAUGUCAAAGCCAAAUGUGUUAUCAAUGCUACAGGACCUUUCACAGACUCUGUGCGCAAAAUGGAUGAUCAAGAAGUACCAAACAUCUGUCAGCCAAGUGCAGGCGUGCAUAUUGUGAUGCCUGGUUAUUACAGCCCUGAUAACAUGGGUCUGCUUGACCCAGCCACAAGUGACGGUAGAGUGAUUUUCUUCCUGCCAUGGGAGAAGAUGACUAUUGCGGGGACCACGGACAGCCCAACUGAUGUUACGCCCCACCCCAUACCAACAGAAGAAGAUAUAAACUUUAUUUUGAAUGAAGUGCGCAACUACCUUAGUGUUGAUGUUGAAGUGAGAAGAGGAGACGUGUUGGCAGCGUGGAGUGGCAUUCGUCCUCUGGUCACAGACCCCAACUCCAAAGACACUCAGUCGAUAUCCCGGAAUCACGUUGUUACUGUUAGUGACAGUGGCCUUGUCACAAUAGCAGGUGGGAAGUGGACAACCUACCGUGCCAUGGCACAGGAUACCAUUGAUGCUGCUAUUCAGGCACAUGAUCUGAAUGCAGGUCCAGUAAGGACUAUUGGGCUGCAGCUACAAGGGGCUGAGGACUGGAGUCCCACUCUCUACAUUAGGUUGGUACAGGACUACGGGCUCGAAAGUGAGGUGGCUCAGCAUCUAGCUUCUACGUAUGGUGACAAGGCUUUUGAGGUAGCCAAAAUAGCCCAAGUUACAGGAAAGAGAUGGCCUAUUGUUGGAAAACGCCUUGUGUCUGAAUUUCCUUAUAUUGAAGCUGAGGUCAUCUAUGGUGUAAAAGAAUAUGCCCGCACUGCUGUGGAUAUGGUUUCCCGACGGACUCGCUUGGCCUUCCUGAAUGUCCAGGCUGCUGAGGAAGCUCUACCAAGAAUUGUAGAUAUAAUGGGCAAAGAACUUAACUGGACUGAACAGAAAAAAAAGGAAGAACUUGAAGCUGCUAAAAAUUUCUGUAUUAUGAAUGGGCUACAAAGUAAAAUCAGAUCAAUGACAGACAGCUCUGAAAUCACUCUAGUGCCUUCAGAUAUUGAAAGGUACAAGAAGCGAUUCCAUAUGUUUGACAAGGACAAGAAAGGUUUUAUUACUAUACUGGAUGUGCAGCGUGUCUUGGAGAGCAUCAGUGUGCAAAUUGAUGAAAAAACACUUCAUGAUAUUCUAAAUGAAGUAGACCUGAAAAAUGGACAGGUUGAGCUCAUUGAGUUUUUGCAGGUAGUCAUGAGUGCCAUUCAUGAAGGGCCAUGUGUCUGGAAGCCGGCGGCUGUCCUCAUGAAGACUGCCGAAGAGAACUUGGGUCAGAGAGUGGUGAUCCCAGUGGACCGCAGCGGUGGAGGGCUGUAG